AUGCCGUGUGUUGAAAUUCAGUCAAGUAGUGAAAAGCAACGUGGUAUUCCUGAUGUUGCCAACGCUGCUGCAGUCUUAACAUCGAAAGUAAGCGCAGAGGGCGGCAGCGUUGGACGACGAGUAUUAGCCUCGCGCCACAAUGAAACAUCCAUCAAAUCCUUAGGAAUUCCACAAAAGUUUGCUAAUGAUAACAAUAAAUUUAAUGAUGGUGAAAAUUACAAACAAAGAAAUGUUGAACUGGAUGAAUUUACCGUUGAGCAUGAUCUCUUAUGGCUAAUUAAACUACGUGGUCAUUCUCUUUAUGUAGAACUUCCACAGCAAUUGAAUGAAGAAUCAAAAGAAAAAUUCAUCAGUCUACUUGAAUUCGCUGAUGAUACUUUACAUUGCAAACAUGUCAUCGUUUGUUUUGACAAGACGCGUUCCGAUCGUGCAUCGUUGGUGAAAACAUUCAUGUUUCUUGGUUUCCAUGUUCUAUCACCGGACAAUACAUUGAUUGAACCGAAUGAUCAACAAGAAACAUCAUCAUCAUCAUAUAAAUGUAUUGUUAUUGAUUAG